CGGCAGGCUGGCUCGAACGCAUCAUGUGUGUUUAGCGCUUGGGAGGCGGCGGGCUCUGGUUUGCCGGCUCUGUCUCCGCCCCAUCGAAGAGCAGCGCGCUUGGAGCGGCCAGGGGUGGGGUGUUCCCGCCGCUCGCUCCCGGCCAUUACGGCCCCGGGGGUAGCGGAGCCCGGGAUAUGACCUGCUACCCGGGCUUCCUAUGCGGCUGCCGCUGCGCAGCCAGCCGGGCGGCCGCCCUGCACUCCCUGCUGAAAUACCAAGCAGCGGCUGCGGCUUCGUCUCUCCUGGCCGGGCUGCUGGUGCCCGGCGGGCUCCAGCGGCGCCUCAUUACGUGCAGCCGGCUGAGCCCGGCCGAGUCGUUACUCCCUCCCCUCGCCGCCGGGUUCGCACCGCAGCGACUCCUCCAGCAAGAGAGCUCAGGGUCGCCUGGACCCGGACCCUCCGCGCUGGGCCAGCACAGCUCUUCUGGGUUCGCCCUGUCGCGUCUGGAUCAGCGGCGGGGGAGGAGCGCGGGUAGCGCGGGGCUCCCCUGUGGCGGUGGGUUCCGCCCCACUCGGGUCGUGGUGGUGGCCAAGACCACCAGAUACGAGUUCGAACAGCAGCGCUACCGCUACUCGGGGCUCUCGGAGGAAGAUCUCAAACAGCUGCUUGCAUUGAAGGGAUCUAACUAUGGUGGACUACUGGAGCGACAUUAUAUUCAUACAAAAAAUGUGGAGCAUGUUGUAGACAGUUUACGGAAUGAGCAGAUCGAGGUCCGUCUUGUUAAACGCCGAGAAUAUGAUGAAGACACAGUUCGAUGGGCAGAUGCUGUUAUAUCAGCAGGAGGUGAUGGCACAAUGUUGCUGGCAGCUAGUAAAGUCUUUGACAGAUUUAAACCAGUUAUUGGAGUAAAUACUGAUCCAGAAAGAUCUGAGGGCCAUUUGUGUUUGCCUGUACGAUAUACACACUCCUUUCCAGAAGCAUUACAGAAGUUUUAUCGUGGUGAGUUCAGGUGGCAGUGGCGGCAGCGAAUCCGGAUAUAUCUUGAAGGAACUGGUAUUAACCCUACCCCUGUAGAUUUGCAUGAACAGCAGUUAAGCCAGGAGCAGCACAGCAGGGCCCACGUUAAUGGAAGAUUCCAUGAUCAAAGAUCUGAAGUUUCUGGACCACAUCUUUUGCCAGUGAGAGCACUAAAUGAAGUCUUCAUUGGAGAGUCUCUCUCAUCCAGGGUGAACUAUAAGUCCUGCAAACCCAGUUUUAAAUUCUCGCUUCAUAGGGCCUCCUACUAUGAGGUAUCAGUUGAUGAUGGUCCAUGGGAAAAGCAGAAGAGUUCAGGGCUCAAUGUAUGCACUGGAACAGGAUCAAAAGCCUGGUCCUAUAAUAUUAACAAGGUGGCAACCCAGGCAGUUGAAGAGAUCCUUAAGAUUGCUAAAAAGCAUGAGAGCUUGAAUCUUCCUUUGAGCAGGGAACUAAUACAGAAAGUAACAAAUGAAUAUAAUGACUCGCUGCUGUAUAGUCCAGAAGAACCAAAGAUGUUUUUCAGUAUUCGAGAGCCUAUUGCAAACCGGGUUUUUUCAAGUAGUCUGCAGCGUGGAUUCUUUUCAAAGUCAAAGAAAUGAGUCACCCUCUCAUCCUACGGAUUCCUCAAGAACAGAGUUAAAAACAUUGGGGAGGCAAAGAAAUGUACACAAUGUAUCAACCCUGCAUAGGGUAACAGGGACUGACCAAGCACUGUGGGCCCAGGAGAUCAUGCCCCAUACUUCUGUGCAUGGUCCAGGUGGAGGGAACAGAUAAAAUGAGGCAGCUCAGCUCAGUCGGUGUUGGUGGAAGAAGAGGAAGGAUGUGUGCUGCAGGCGCCUGCAGAGGAACCAUUGACUUUCCACGGGUCUGGACUAUGCUGUGGAUGACCAGCUGACUGCAGAGACACUGAGCUGCUGCCAGCUGAGGAGGUGCCCGAGAUGGUAGGAAGAGACCCAGGGAAUCUGUUAGGAGCUCUGAACUCUGUACAGAGAGUUUACCAGCUUCACAGGGCCCUCAAUCGGAACCUGGUGAAGUAGGGUAGGCCUGGGUCCUCCUGCCCGACACUUGCCACUAGGUGUGGCUACCAGGGUCUCCCAAUAUAAACUGAUUGUUUGCUCUGCCCUACCCAAAGGAUCACUGUCCCAACUGCUUGUGUGUUUGCCUCAGCCAGGAAACCCAGGCGCUACAGAUUGCUUGUUUGCUCUGCCCCAACAGGGGUCCUGGACCCCUUGAUCGUGAUCGUUUGGCAAAACAAGGAAUCUCGACAACCGUGUAACUGGGUGUGUCAACCCCACACUGGGCAAAUGGGCAGCUCCCACCAACACACCAAGCCCCUGUGACAUGUUGUGGCACCAGUCCCGUUACUUACUAUCAAAAUAUAGCACCAUCUAAAGCAGCGUUUCCUCAACCUGUGGAUUGGGACCCAAAUUGGGUCACCAGAAUGUUUCAAAGAGUCCCAUGGCAGCUCCUGUCCCCUGGGGCUGGCCAGGCUUGCCACCCUGCUCCAGGUACUGCAACUUCUGGGGUCCCAGUGCCACUAAGGUUUGGCCCAGUCGUCAUGACGGGAGUCGGAGCAGGCCAAAUCUGAGUGAGUAGCACUCAAACCCCAUGAGCCAGGUCACAACUCUACUCUCACAAAUUUGGUCUAGUCAGGGAGGCGUGGCCAAACCUGAGCGGCGCUGCAACUCUGGGAGGUUGCAAUGCCUAGAGUGCAGAGCCAAGCCCAGCCAGACCCAUAGCACAGCAGCUGUAGGAGCUGCCAAUAUGGGGUGAGUGCCAGGCAGAACCUAGCUCCCUCCCUGCCCCAGGUGGAGGAUCCGACGGAAGCCACCCCUGGGGCCUUCACCCCCAGACUAUCUACUGUGUCAUGACAGGCCAUAAACAUUUACAAAUGGGUCCUGAGCCCAAAAAGGUUGAGAACCACUGGCCUCUAGAGGUCCCAACCAAGAUCAGGUCCUCAUUCUGCUAAGCAGUGCAGAUAUAUGCAGCAAACAGUCACGGUCCUAAACGGGGACAAUCUACAAGACAAAGAAAAUAUUCCCAUUUUACAGAUUGCAAAUUCUGGCAUAGAGAUUAAGGUUUUGUUUACACAACUUGCACUGGUAUAACUGAGGAGGUAUGUUUAAACCCACAGUACAUUUUAAGUUUGCCUUUGCAUUAAGUAGUUUCUCCAACAUUACACAAGAACUCUGGAUUCAUUUUCUGCCACAGAUCUCUCAAGUCCCAGUUCAGUGCCUUAACCACUGACCAUCCUUCUUCACAUUGGCAGAUCACAGAACGUUAGUCUCCACAAGUUGUCAAGUUUUUAUAAUGGUACUGCAUCAGCAUUAAAACGUCUGUGUGUUUGAAGGAU